AUGAAUUUAGAAUUAUUACCUAACGAAAUGUUUCUUACAUUGUUCGAGUAUUUCAAUGGUAUCGAUCUUUUUCGUGCAUUUUAUAAUCUCAAUUAUCGUUUUAACAAUCUUCUUUACAAACAAUUUCGAUUCUAUUGUUUCAAAUUUCAAUCCAUAUCAAAACGUAAUUUCGAUAUGAUAUGUCAACAACAUUUACCAUUUAUUGCUGAUAGAAUUAUUACACUUCAUUUAUCUAAUAGUUAUGAUACUCCAAAUCAAAUUAAUCUAUUCCGUUCUUAUAUAUCAUCAUUCAAUCAAUUCACUCGAUUGCAAUCGCUAAAACUAUUCCAUCUUAACUCACAUCAAACAUUGUUGAAAAUUCUAACCGAAUGCCGUUAUCUCAAUAAUCUUACUGAUUUAAAUCUUCACUCUUGUUCUUUUCAAAAUGAUCAAGUUGUUCUUCAAUCAAUUGUUGAUCAAAUUUGGAGUUUACCAAAACUUACUAAUUGUUAUUUUGACAUUUCCAUCGCAAGACAACAUAGUGUUUGUCUGCCAAAGAUUAUUUCGUCAUCACUUGAAUGUAUAACUAUAUUUUAUCAUGAAUUUGAAAUAAAUCAGAUAAAUCAAUUGUUGGAAUAUACACCUCGUUUAAAACGUCUUUUAGGGUGCUAUUUAACUUCAAUUAAUGAUAACUAUAUAGCAUAUCCAUUACCAACACUAAUUGAUUUGAAAAUUAGCUUUUAUUCUGGUGACAUUUCGAAACUCAUUAUCUUCUUACAGAAUGUUCCGAAUUUAUGUCAUUUAGAUAUCAACAUAUUUACUGAACGAAUUGAUGGUUAUCAAUGGGAAAAAAUCAUUCGUAAUUAUUUGCCCAAAUUGAAAACAUUUAAACUCAAAUGCAGAAUGACAUUUAUUGAGCGAAAUUUAAAAAAACAGGUAGAUAAAUUAAUUAAUUCAUUUCGAACUUCAUUUUGGAUUGAUGAACAUAAAUGGUUUUUCCGAUGUUUUACAUAUCGAAAACUAUUUAUUCAUUUUUAUACUCUAUCUCAUCCAUUAGAUUAUCAUUUUGAACGUAUUGAUGAAAAAUGUAAAUUGACAUGUCCUCAGGAAGAUUAUCAUCAAGUUUUUAAUAACACGACCAAGAUCUAUGAUAUGAAACUCUUUAAUCAACCGAUUCCAUCUCACAUUCGUUUUCUCAACAUUAAGUAUCUUCAUAUAGAAUUUCCUAUUAAUGAUAAAUUUUGGUUUAUUGUUCCAAGUUUAAAUCGACUACGUUCGCUCAAUGUAUCAUCCUAUGCUGAUAGUUAUCAAUUACAAUUACAAACUUUAUUGGAUCGAGCAUCUCAUCUUGAAACAUUAACAAUCAGUCAAGAUGGAUCAUUAUCUGUGCAACUAUCAUUAUUAAAAUGUACGACUACAUCAGUUCGUAGAUUCCAUUUAGGAAACUAUAAUCAUUGUUUCAAUAAGGAACAAUGUAUUACAUUAAGUCGUUCACCUCUGAUGGUUCAAUGUGAAGUUCUUUCUAUUGAAGUUGAUGAUCCUGAAUGCAUCAUUAAUCUUAUCAAAAAUAUGACUCAUCUUCGAUCGUUAUAUGUUUAUUGGGAUGAUAAAAAGAAUUCCCUACGGUUAUUUCGAACAACCAACGAUGUUGAAUCUUACUAUAGAAAUUCACUAAGCACGGAUGAAGUUAUUCAAUGCUUGAAAGUUCGUUUGCCGUCAAGAUGUUCAAUUGUCAAAGUGCUAGAUUAUACCAAUCAUAUUCACAUAUGGAUCUAA